ACUACCCAGCUUCGGAUAGUCGUUGCCUAUCCGAACCUGUUUUUCCAACCCGUUGUCUUUCCCCCUCCUCUUUCUUUCCCUUCAUUUACCUCUAUAUCGGCAACUGUGACAAGAGAGAGAGAAUUCUAGGGAGCUCACUUCUUGGUCGUCCAUGGAGGGAGUUGGCCUUCUUCACUCAGAAACCGACGCCAUUGGAGGCCUUGGAGGGUUAGGGUUUGGGUAUUCUUGUUCUGCUUGAGUUGGGAUGUAAUGAAACUCUUGACCGGAUGGCAGCGGGAAUUCCCAAAGUGGAGAGCAAUCAGAAGAUCAUGACGCCAUUGAUGAGGAGGAAGAGGCUCUCGGACAUCACCAAUUUGACGAGUAUUGGAAGGUCGCCAAGAUCCAAGGCGGCGGACCAAGAAAUGGCGAAGGUCGUCCCCGCUGUGAGUGCUAAGGAUUACAUUUCCCAGCUCCUCACGGAAAAUUCUGCUCUUUUGACGAUAAUAGAGGAGAAAAAUAAAAUCAUAGAGAUGAAUGACAUCGAGUUGCAGAAGGUCCGAUUCAUGUUGCAGAAAGCCCAUCAGCAGAAUGCACAGUUUGCACAAGCUAACUCCCAGAUGCUGGCGGAGUUCAAUCUGGGUAAAGACAGACUAAAAGCAAUGCACCACGAGCUUGGAUGCAUGACAGCAAAUCUCAAAGCAAAGACCUUAGAACUGGAGGAUGUGAAGAAACUUUAUAAACAACAGAAACAACUAGACAAAAAGAUAGGGAUUGAGUUUAAGGAGAAUAAGGACAUGCUGGCUGAGUUUGUGCCAGAUGCAUUUCAUCCAGCCGGUUGCCAGAAGACUAGCAGUGCCAAUCGGAAGCGUACACUGAGAAGUCGAUCUUUGGGAACUACUACAGUGAUUCAUCAAGUUCCAGCAAAGGAGAAGAGUGAAAACAGAAGAAGGUCUUUGAGAAGGAGAUCCAGUAAUCUGAAAGCUGAACUUUGGGAACCUACUGAGGAAUUGUUUGAGAUAGAAGAUAUAAAAUUUCCAAUCCGAUCGCUGACCAGUGAUCACAUGAAUGAAGAAAUUUUUGUUAAGCUAGACUCUUCUUCAGCUAAACCCACUUCAGUUGCCAUCCCGAACCCCGUAAAGGUUGAAGUACAGGAAGAGGAGAGCUCACCAAGAUAUCAGAAUCAAGGGUCAAGGAGAUCAUCUCUUGGCAGGCCUAUGAGGAGGGCAGUUGAGAAGGUCAGUUCUUACAGGGAAGUGCCUCUCAAUGUCAAAAUGAGAAGAGACGACUAGAUGGUUAUAGCCAACCUGAUUGCCACCAAGAGAUGGCCAAUUUUUAGGCACUGACAGCUACACAAUCUUCAUGAUCAGGAAUGUUGUGUGGUGUACGCAAUGUGUUCUUUUAUGAUCUUACAUUCUGUUCCCUUCCCCAAUGAAUUAUCUCAGUGAAACUUAAUUGAUAGAGGUUUGGUAUUUUGGUCAUUUGUGAAUGAUCACAAUACUACCGGACUGAUUUGAACAGUAUUCUUAUUCUGGAUGCUUGGGAAAAUUGAUGCUUUAUUCAGACUAUACCAAAACAAUUAUAUGACAUCCUUCUCAAAUGAAGUCAAGUUUUUGACUGCUGCCUUGAUGAACGAAAGAUU